AAUCCAGUAAAGGAUGCUUCAGUUUACAUGCUUCAAAUGUAUCAUGAAAUCGAGAUUUUCUGUAUCCAAACAACAUCAAAACAAUACAUACAAAUAGAAAUGUCUUGAUCGUGUCUAGAAAUGUUUUAGAUGUUUCUCCAACAGACAUUCAAAGUCUUUUAUUGAGCCUUCUAUUAACUGUUUUUAACAUACAGAUCCAUCAAGAUUUUUGAAGACUGAGGUCUUUUUAUUAUUGUCGAGCGAACAUCUUUCACACAAACCAUCUUCGGUGCUGGAAAGUUCUAUAUAUAUACAGUAUAUCACCGAUUCGCAGUUGAUUAGUGAAGCUGUGACGCACAUUUUCCUGAAAAUGAUUUUAAAUUAUGUAGAGAUAUCUUCCUGUUUUUUAUGAUGCCAAUUCAGCAAAUUCAAAACCAAUGAGUGAAAAGACAUGCUGAAAAAUACGUGUUUUAUUUGUAAACUACAAUUGCUAUUAAUUAUAAACACAAAGCCUAUGAAUAUUUCCUAAUAGAAAACUGGAAGACAUCGUAAUUUAAAGGAUAAUAAGAAUGUAAUAGUACGUAUGUAACAUAUUGUAGGUAUAUGCAUAACAUUGGUGCAUAACAUUGACACAAAAAUGUCAUAUAUUGAUAGAUAAGUGAAUUUCAUAAACGUGGCUGUGACUCUCACAUAGGUUUGCGACACGUUGUUAUUAAAGAAACAAGACUGAUACAAAAAUAUCUCAGCAAUCAAAAUCACUCGAGAAUUAAGGAGAAACUGAUCAAAAUGCCGAAACCCGGGAUCGAACCAGGGACCUUUAGAUCUUCAGUCUAACGCUCUCCCAACUGAGCUAUUUCGGCGAUAGAGCAGAAACGGUGUGUAUAUGGAAUUUAAAGAAAACUCCUGAUCGAUAUAUUGUAGUAACAAGAUGAUUGACGUUUACAGGCUCCGGAGCCCCAAUCCGUAGGGAAAAAGCCUAAAAUCGACUGCUGGGUUAAUUUCUUCCCUCUUCCUUGCUGGUGCGUAUAGCACGAUGACGUAAUUCUGACGCCCACUUUAAGCGCAAAGGCUGCUGGGAAGAAAGGUCAAGAAUCGAUGGCAGAGGCAGGCACGGAUUAAACGUUACCUCAGCAACAAAAAUGAACGCUUAAAUAUAACUUUAACUCACUAAAAGGUACUGGAACACAACUACUUUGUUAUUUCAAAUGAGACAUGGACGUCUGCCGCUCUGUAAAACUGCGAACAUUACAAUGCGCCAUUGUCCGUAUUUAGACUCAGUCGAGCUAACUGCCGUUAGCUGGUUAGCUGCUGCAUUGUUAUUGUUUUCGCUUCAUUAGGCGACCAUAACGCGACUGUUGCGCUAGGUUCCCCAGCCGAGGCAGGGGCUAGGACGGCUUUAGUGAUGGUUAUUUGUCCGCCCCGAGAAGAUGGAUGACAAGUCCAGCAGCAGCCACCACCGGCUGCUGAUCGUCCUGCUGAUGGUGUUGCUCUUUGGCGUCAUUAUGAUCCAGUAUGUCUGCCCGAGCAAGUCGGAGUGCCAGGUGCUCCACCAGCUGGGUACGUGGUUUAAGGACGGCGCAGCAACCGGUUCCCCGAGCGGCGGCGAUCAAAUCCAAGACGGGCUCCAAAAGGACCCGUACAUUGCGGAAGAUGGCGCUCUGGUCCGCUUCGUCCCGCGCUUCAAUUUCACCGAAGUCGACCUAAACCGCGCGGUGGACUUCAACAUCAAAGGCGACGACGUCAUCGUGUUUCUGCACAUUCAGAAGACCGGCGGCACGACGUUCGGUCGACACCUGGUGCGUAACAUUCAGCUGGAGAGGCCCUGCGAGUGCCACGCGGGUCAGAAGAAAUGUACCUGCUACCGGCCAGGUAAAAAGGAGACCUGGCUCUUCUCCCGCUUCUCCACCGGCUGGAGCUGCGGGCUUCACGCGGACUGGACCGAGCUGACCAGCUGCGUCCCGUCACGCAUGGACUCUCGAGAGGCUCCCGUGGACCUGCCCAGUAGGAAUUAUUAUUAUAUAACCAUCUUAAGAGACCCAGUAUCGCGCUACCUGAGCGAGUGGCGUCACGUGCAGCGCGGCGCCACGUGGAGGGCCUCCUUGCACGUGUGCGACGGACGCUCGCCGACACUGUCCGAGCUGCCGAGCUGCUACCCGGGAGAUGACUGGUCGGGUUGCUCCCUGCAGGAGUUCAUGGACUGCCCCUACAACCUGGCCAACAACCGGCAGACCCGCAUGCUGGCCGAUCUCAGCCUGGUGGGCUGCUACAACGGCUCCACCAUGAACGAGGACGAGCGCUGGGCCCUGCUGCUGGAGAGCGCCAAGCGCAACCUGCGCGGCAUGGCCUUUUACGGGCUGACGGAGUACCAGCGGAAGACCCAGUAUCUGUUCGAGCGCACCUUCAACUUGGAGUUCAUCGCGCCCUUCACGCAGCUCAACGGCACGCGCGCCUCCGGCGUGGACGUCCCCGACGAGACCCAGCGCAGGAUCCUGCAGCUCAACCGAUGGGACCUGGAGCUGUACGAGUAUGCCCGGGACCUCUUCCUGCAGCGCUUCCAGGUGGCGAGGCAGCAGGAGCGCCGGCGGGCCAGAGCGAGGCGGCAGCAGGAGAGGAGGCGGCGGCUGCGCGGACGCCUCGCGACGAAGCCAGGGAGGCAGCUGAAGCCCACAGACGCACCGCUGCACCCUCCGAGCCGCUCGGCAGUAGCCGAGGAGGAGGAGGAGGAGCGGCUGAGGGGAAAUGCCGGUGCAGGCGGCGAGGAGACCGAAGUGCUGCUCCCGGACUGGUGGGAUUUGGAGGAGAACGUCACCAUGGAGGAUUACAUGGACAACGUGGAGCACUGGAAGUGAGCGACUGGGACAACCAGUAGGGUUUCUUAAUGCUAAGUCUGCCAGGUUCUGCCUUUUGUCUUAUUUAAUCCGUCAUUUGUAGUACAAAUUGUCUUUUUUUUUUUUUUCUCACAAAGGAGCGUUGCCACAAGUGUAUUUAUUGAUUCUGAUUGUAGUUCUUUUCCACGACGGACAUUUAUAAUUUCAUUUCUUUGACUUUUUUACUUCCAUUGACUACACGUUUUAACUCUUGUGAUGUCGCUUGAAAUGGAAGGAAGCGUUUACUUGUUUUCUUUUGUUAAAACGAAUUUAAAACUUGUCUAAUCUAUAGAUGAUAUGCUACUGUUUGUGAUAUACAAUCUAUAUGUUCGCCAAAAUGUCCUGUCUCUAUUGUGUACAUUUUAAAAAGUACUUGUGUUGUGUCUUUAAAGUAAUGGCAAAGGAGAAUGGGAUUUUCAUAGAUACCUCAUUGUGUAACUGAUCAAAAUACUGAAUUUAAAAAAAGUCAGAAUUUUUUUUUUUUUUUAUAAAAAUGCUUUUACCUCAA